AUGCUCGCCAAAUCACUCCUCGCUGCUCUUUUGGCUGUCUCAGCCACCGCCUCCCCCAUCAUUAAGCGGGAUGCGGCCACAGUCCUGUCUGACCUGGAGACCAUUCUCUCCGACGUUGAGACGCUCGACUCUGUAGUGUCCAGCUGGGAUGGCUCUCUUCUGACCGCUCUGACCAUCCUGACCGACUAUAACAAUCUCAAGAGCGCCCUGGACACGGCCAUCACCGACACCGAGGCCACCUCCACCCUGAGUGACUCGGACAGCAGCAGCAUCACCAGCGAGGUGCAGACGCUGGGAACCAGCAUUGUUGCCACCUUGGACACCAUUAUUGACAAGGAGUCUGUUGCCGCGUCCGCUGGCGUCAGCAGCACCUUGCUCUCCUCCGUGGAGACGCUCCAGACCAGUACCAACACCUUGGGUGCGGAUCUCGAGGCUAUCGCUACCUCGAGUGAUGCGGAGACCAUUGCCUCGGUUGUGACGGAGGUGGAUGCGGCUUUCUCGAGUGCUAUUGCGGCGUAUUCUUGA